AUGGGUAAGGGAGGCUGCUCGCUUGAUGCUGGCCAUAGAGAAAGAGUUCCACAAGAUCCAAGCGGUACUCCUUUGCAGUUGCACUACCCACCGGCGGUUCCGGCUCCUGCUGUACCGCCUCAUGGACAAGCUAGGGCGGCUCCUAGGGGAAAGACGUUUCAGAAGGAGCUGAGGAAAAGGCCAGACGAAGGGCCUGCGCAGAAGAGGGGAAGACAAGAGGAGGAAGAAGAGGAGGAAGAGCGCUCGCCCUUCAGUAGCGGCUCUGACGACUCCGCCAACGAUCCUGGGUACAAGAAAGACCUGAGAGAGAGAGAGGAUGAAGAUGACGACGAGGACCUCUUUGAUGACUGA